CAGCAUGCCGGACCUUACAUAGCUCUGUUUCAUGGUUGAUGGUGGGAUUGCAGUUGCAGGUGGCACAAUCCAUGCAUUUUCAACUCGCUAUUGCCUUGGAACAUGUCACUGCUAUGCCGGAUUGCUACCUCUUGCAUUUUCCGAACUCCGAUUGAACCAACCUGCAAGCACUAUUCCCACCUACCAACCCCCCGGCAGGCGCGACCGCCGCCCCUCCCAAGAACGCUCUCAGAUAGGGCCCCUAUGACUCCGCCGCGCAUCAGCGGCGUGAGCCUUGCCCCAUUGCCCAACUUGGAGCAUCAUCACCACCAUAGCUUCAGUGGAGAAAAGUCACCGGGCGCGUCCGGUGCUCCAAAACCGCUACAACGGCGGCCGUCCCUCACACACGGGGUUCUGGGCGGCAAGGCUCUGCCGCCGCACGCUGCGCUCGGCGCCGCCUGCGGUCACGCCUGCGUUGCAGCCGCGCCUGCCCCGGCUGCGACUGUUGGUGCCAGUGUGGCCCACGGUGCCGCCUCAUUCUCCUGCGGAGGCGGCAUUGGAACCUCCAGCCAGCUGAUCGCUGAAGGCCGAAGCAUCGCGCGGAGUGUGACCAUCGAUCCUUGGAUUGUUGCAUACAUGGACAUCAACGGUACCGACGCCGACAGCGUGUGUGCGACACCGCCACCGCGGCUGAACAUGCAGUCCUUGGCACGAUCGGACUCGAAUGGCGCAUUCGGGCCCCUGUCUCCCUGGCCCCUUAGCCCCUCUAUUCUCACGGUGUGCGGGCAGCUGGGUGUUGAUGACCACUUCGCGGACAACGGCUCGUUGGAACUUGUGGACAUGAGGACGUGCCAGUCGCCCAAGCUGCCACCUGUGUGACAAGGAUUAUCCGUACGAUGAUGUACGGACAGGCUUGCUAGGAUGUGAAUUAUAAGAGUGGUGGGAAGUAAUGCUGCAGGGGCCGCAGCGAAGGAUUGGGGCCGCCUUCUCUCCGGACAGUGGUUGGGGGAGGCUGUCACUCGAGUAGUAGGUUGAUGUGGGUCAGACGCGUGAUUGUGAUAACUGGGCUACAGUUAGGCGCUCUUGCGCAGAAUAAAUGCUUGGGCUGGAAUGGGUUGAAAUCUCGAAAUGCACAUGCAUGCAAGCACGACGGCAGUUCGGAGAACUGGAGAGGAAAGCUGGAG